GGGUAGCGUUAGCAUGUGUUAGCAACCCCUAUACGCAUGUAAAUAUAACGCCGGUACACGGUAAAUAUUCGCCAGUAUUCCCGUAAUUUACAAUACAAGUCCGUAUUAUCGAAAGCAACUUUACAUUUGUUUUAAUUAGACUUACCUUUUGUCGCACACAAACCUUUAAAUAACUACUUUUUUUUACAAGUCCUAUCUUACUGUAGUCGAUGGUAGGUCCAGGAUUUGUUGUGUUCCCGAGUUUUUAGUGUAGUACUUGGUGUAACUCCCGAGUCUUGGCUUGUGAUAUCAAAUACCGGGACCCCGCCAGCUAAUACCCCAGCUGGAUGUUGGUACCCUGCACAGGACAUCCCAGCCCCAUCUAAUGCGAGUCUGAAGCCAUGUCCAAGCAAACAGGAGUGAAGCCCUCCCUGCGCUUCGGCCAGGUGGUUAUUGGACCCCCGGGUUCAGGGAAAACCACCUACUGCCAAGGGAUGCAAGAGUUUCUAACUCACCUGGGGCGCAAGGUGGUUGUUGUGAACAUGGACCCUGCCAAUGAAGGGAUACCGUAUUCCUGUGCGGUAGAUAUCUCAGAGCUGGUGACUCUAGCCGAUGUCAUGGAAGGCUUAAAACUGGGGCCCAAUGGUGGGCUUCUCUACUGCAUGGAGUACGUGGAAGCAAAUCUGGACUGGUUGGAGGAGAAGCUGAAACAGUACAGGGACUACUACUUCUUGUUUGACUGUCCUGGACAAGUGGAGCUCUACACCCACCAGAAUUCAGUGAAGAAUAUCUUCUCACAGCUGGCCAAGUGGAAUUUCAGGCUCACAGCAGUGCACCUGGUGGACUCUCAUUACUGUGCUGAUCCAGCCAAGUUCAUUUCUGUACUGUGCACCUCUCUGUCUACAAUGCUGCAUGUGGAGCUUCCCCAUGUGAACAUACUGUCCAAGAUGGACUUAAUUGAGCAGUAUGGCAAGUUGGCCUUCAAUCUUGACUUCUACACAGAGGUCAUGGACCUGACCUAUCUUCUCGAUCAUUUGGCUGCAGACCCCUUCUUUAAAAAAUUCCACCACCUAAAUGAAAAGUUGGCAGAGGUCGUACAAGAUUACAGCCUUGUCUCCUUUGUGCCUCUCAAUGUGCAGGACAAAGAGAGCAUGAUUCAGGUCUUACGAGCAGUGGACAAGGCCAAUGGCUACUGCUUUGGAGACCUGGAGGAGAGGAAUCUGCAGGCCAUGAUGUCAGCUGCUGUGGGGGCAGAUUUUCAGUUCAGCUCUACUCUCAGGGUUCAAGAGAGGUAUGUUGAAACCAGUGGAAAGACUGUGGAAGAGGAAAUGAUGGAGCUGUAAAUGGAAAAGCUCAAAUAAUAGGACGAAAGCGGCCGCCUCUUCAGCACCAGUAUACCAAGGGAGUCCUGGCAACAUCUAUCUCACUUGGCCUGAAUUCUUCUUAGCCUCGCUACGAAAGCGUUGGACACACAGGAACCAAAUGUGGGUGCUGUAGGUGCUGAAAGGUUGCACCACACCUCAUGAAAAUCACAACGAGGAAGACAAAAAGGAAGCAAAUGUGUGGGCUGUAAUCAUAUUUUUGUACUGCUGUCAGCAAAAAAAAUUUCUAAGAAACAUUUUCUCCAAAUCUAUCAGAAAUAAUA